CCUGACAACCGACAUCAAACGCGCAUCGUCACGGACAGCGGCCACAAUGUAUCGAGAGCAGACGCCUCGCCUUAAAAACGGCGUGGAUAUCCAGCUGCAGACGGCGUUUCAGGAUGGGAACUGGCCGUCAGUUAUCCGCCUUGCUGAGAAGCGUGCAAAGACAUCAGGUGAUGAGUACUAUCAGCCCAGAUGAAGCCCCCUCCCAAGCUGUACCGCUACGUGAGGCUGUUGAACAUGUGCUAACCAAUGGUUGAUGCUCAUUUAGGUGGUGAAGCUUUGCGCUGAGAGCAGACUGGACGAUCCCACAGCAAAGCUUGCCGCACUGACUGCUGUCUAUCAAUAUGUCAAGGACGGUACCAUCUUGAAAGAUGCAGACGGCAUUGAUCUGCUGGAAUGGUCGACAAAGGAACUGCUGCCCGAAAGCGAAUUCGCUAGCACCAUUGGCGUGUUGAGGGCCAGAGCAGCAAAAGCCUCUCCCAAGGACCACACCGGCGUUGCCAAAUGCUUAGAGUCAUGUCUGCUGCAUUGGGACUUGGUUAAUGCCCAGCAAAUCGCAGCAUUGAUGGACAGGUCAUUUCCCCAAUACAGAGACUACAUGUUUUGGAACAUUGUCAUAACGCACAUGCUCUCCACAAGCUCGCAGAUUGCAUCUGAAAAGCGCAAGCUGUACGGAACAUUGGCUCAAAAACAGAUUGAACGAGCGGCUCAACUAUCAGAACAGGCGAAAGAAGCUGGUUCAGAUCUUCCGGCAAGAGGAAUCAAAACGGAACAAGAGAUUCUUCUUCUCUACCAGAUUAUAGAUACCCACGGCACUGAAGAUGAUUAUCAAAAGCUUAUCAAGAGCCCCUUGUUUAAUCCAGUCGCCCAGUUCCAUAUGGGUCGAACUGAGCUACUUACUGUUGUUGCCAACAGGUACCGCUCACAAGGCAAAUGGGACGACCUCUUUGAAGUAUGCGAAUCUUGCUUAUCGUCUGUUGAUGAAAAGAAGCAAAUCAGCAUGCUGGCAUCUGACUGGGCAAUUUGGAAGUUAUAUCUCGAAGCAGCAAGCCACAUUAAGGCGACCAAAGAUAUCGAGGGCAAAGUGCGCCAACUAUUACUUAAUGUCAUAAAGAGUGACAAUGUGAAGCCAAUUUAUCGACGAAAUAUUCUCCUUGCACGCGUGCUGGCUGCGUUUGUGCUAGAUUCGGCGGACGCCUCCGACGUUGUUGAUUCCGAGCCAUCAUCAGUCCGAUUCAAAGAGCUUCUGGCGUACGUUGAUGACCAGGCGGAAAGCCCUGCUUGCUUUGAUGAUGUCAAACUAUGGGUGGAAGCGCUUGAUGUGGAUGCCAUCCAGUACUUGGCCAACGAGCAUCUCACAAAAUCAGGCGCUGGAUCAUCACGCAAGCAGUUGCUCGCCCUCAAAUUCCAACAUUUGUUAGCCUCGGGCCCGUACGCAGCAUCUGAAAAGAGUCCCAAUCGCCGCAGCAUCCUCACUUCAAGCAUAGAUCUCUACAAGAGCAUCACAUCCUCAAACAAGGAUUUGAGCUCUUCAGACCAAGAGAUUACCGCUGAGCUUUCCAUCUUGAUGGUAUUCUGCUUGGUAGAUCUCGCGUUGCCUGAGCCUCAAUACGAGAUUACUCAACGUACAUCGGAUUCUUCUCAACUACUACUCCAAGCACUCAUAAUUCUUGAUCGCCAGUUGAUUGUCACACCCAAGCAUAGUCAGGUUUCGCUCAUUGCCUUUCAGCUGCACAUGCUGUUCGGCUCAUCCUACGAGGCUAUCCAGAUCUGGGAACCGCUUGCUGUCAAGAGAACAAUUCUCGACUCGCUUGGCCCUCUCUUUUAUGACCGUGUCUCUACUGUUUCACCAUCCUUUGCUAGCUCCGAAGAUCAUAUUGGAUGGGAUAUGAUUAGUAGCAUCAGAGGGCAUUACGAAACUUCUCUUAAGCUUCGUAUGCCUCGACGACUCAUCGAUGCAUUCCAGGGUGGAAACUACUGCAGUGUUAUGGGAGUGGCGCGUUAUAUCGACAACCUGCGUUAUGGCUGCACAAGAACAAUUAGUUUGGUUGAGGAAGCACGAGGAGAGCGGUUCUUUGGCCGGACAUACGGAGAGAUAUUUGAUGAUCCCCGCUAUACUGAGAUUACUGAUGCCAUGGACUUGGCUGUGGCAACAGAUUUUGGGUCUUUCCCAUCGCUUUUCUUUAGCGGCACAAAUCCAAUUCACAAGAGACUAGCCCUUGGUCCCCAUGUUACGAGCACUCGCAUGCAUCUGGCCCGGCUCAGCGAAGCAUUCCACGAUGCGCUUGGCUAUCGACCACCAACCCUUUACAAAGCUGCUGCCGGAUCGUCUCAUGAAGAGACGUAUAUCCUUGAGACUGUGACUGGACUAGCCAACUCUCUUGCCCGGUUCCUUCCAGACACUGCCGAAAAGUGCACUGUAGCUGAACAGGAACACUAUGAUCUGCUUUCCGUGCUCUGCAGCGUGCUUACACUCUCAGUGAGCAAAUCGGAAGCUUUCUUGGCAGUUUUCCCGCAGCUGGCAGAAGCUGUCAAAGCGACAUUAGAAGGCCAAAGCGAGCGAGUAACACUCGCAGCAAAUGCCACACCAGUAGAUGGAGCAAUCUGGCGACUUCGCUCUCUUCACGAAGUCGGUAUGCUGCGAGAUUCCACAGCUGCCGUCCGCGAAACCACUACUUGGCUAAUCAACUAUAACAACCGCAUGAAGGAAAAGGACCGUUCUGGUCAGAGCAAUCUGCCGAAGGAAGUCCUUGCAGGGCUAAACUCGAUGCGAGAGACGGCAGAUAAGAUUGCGAAGAAGGGUAGCCGCUGGGCACCGGAUCUCAAGCAAAGUCUCAGCGUACUGCGGCCUGAUCUGAAGGCCUUCAUCGGCGGGGGUGAAUACGGAAAGGACGUCUGCGAACUUGUUGGCAACGAUCGCGGCCUGGAGAGGCUAAUUAGCAGUUGGAACAAGAAUAUUAGCAAGUGGCAGGGCGUUGUCUGGGAGUAGGUUCAUUAGAUGGUAUACAGAAAAGCAAACUAAAUUUGGGUACAUAUAUGUUAUUCCAUCCACAUACUACUAGUCUGUCAGCCCUUGUUCAAACAGAUAUUCCAACUCUUUAUCUAUGUGAACUCUAUCUAUGUGAACUCUAUCUAUGUGAAUUCUAUCUAU